UUCUGAUUAAAUCUUAUCGAAAAAAUGUUUCUCCGGUCGCAGAAGCUAUGGACGUUGGUUCUGAUUCUAGCGAUUGGAUCGCGUGUAACACACUCGCUUCACUUCGAUCUACACUCUGGUCGGACAAAGUGUAUAGCGGAAGACAUCAAGAGCAAUUCCAUGACUGUCGGAAAGUACAGCGUCGAUAACCCUCACGAAGGUCACGAUUUGCCUCAGUCUCACAAGAUCUCCGUUAAGGUAACGUCGAGCUCAGGGAACGCGUACCAUCACGCGGAUCAAGUGGCGAGUGGGCAAUUCGCGUUCUCUGCAAUGGAAGCAGGGGAUUACAUGGCUUGUUUCAGUGCCGUUGAUCAUAAGCCUGAGGUGACUAUUAGCAUUGAUUUUGACUGGAGGACGGGUGUUCAAUCUAAGAGCUGGGCUACUGUUGCUAAGAAGAGCCAAGUCGAAACUAUGGAGUUUGAGGUAAAGAGUCUUCUUGAUACUGUGAACUCGAUUCAUGAAGAGAUGUUUUAUCUUAGAGAAAGGGAAGAGCAAAUGCAAGAUUUGAAUCGGUCUACAAACAAUAAGAUGGCGUGGUUGAGUUUACUCUCUUUAUUCGUCUGCGUAGGAGUGGCAGCAAUGCAGUAUCUACAUUUGAAGACGUUUUUCGAGAAGAAGAAAGUCAUCUAAGGUUAUAAUAGGCCACACAAAACAAUCUACUCGUCUUUUGGGUGUUGUAUAUUAGUUCAAUGUCUACUGCAAGCAUCUUCUCUUGAGACUUAGAACUUUGAUUUUAUGUGCCAGUAUUGUCCUUCUUUGGAGAUGGGUUUAGCUUUUUUUUUUGUUUAGAUUUGUUGGUACUUAAUGCAGGAUAAUUUGAUGGUUUAAAUUAUAUAAAGUCUGUAUUCUCAAUUUCAGACAGCAGAGUAAACUUGUCACGUCACAUUGAGGGAUACGAGUGGAGAGAGAGAGAUUUGAGCCAUUAUAAAGAGGAUGGAUUAUCAAUAAUCUUAUACACAAAUGGCUAUAUAGUAUGUUAGUGGGAAAGUUUAUAUGAAAUGAUGAGGUUAAUUGCGAGAAUGAGAGCAACGAUCACUGAAGUAAUGAUCCAUUUGUUCCUCUGUAAUUCUUCUUGACAUGGCCGUUAUUAGUGUAUAUACAUACUGUAUACGGGUAUAGGGUGUUACGAUACUCAUUCUAUAUACGGGUAUAAAUACCCUCAUUGUACAUGACUUUCAUUAAUUAAUCA